AUGGUUGAAGAUGGUGACAGAGUUUGUUGGAAGAAGAAAUCAAUAUUCUUUGAUCUCGAGUAUUGGAAAUACCUUCCUGUGAGGCAUGUCCUAGAUGUUAUGCACAUUGAGAAGAAUGUUUGCGAUAGUAUCAUUGAUUUAAGACUUCUUGGCCUUAAAUCACAUGAUUGUCAUACCUUAAUGCAACAAUUGCUCCCUGUGGCAAUUCGUUCUGUUUUGGAGAAGUCUGCAAGGUAUGCAAUAACUCGUUUGUGCUUCUUCUUCAAUGCUAUAUGUGCAAAGACUGUUGAUGUUUCCAAGCUAGAUAAGUUGGAAGAAGAUGUAGUAGUUACUUUGUGUUUGCUUGAGAAGUAUUUUCCCCCUUCAUUCUUUGAUAUCAUGGUUCAUCUAGUAGUACAUCUUGUCAGAGAAGUUCGUCUAUGUGGGCCAGUAUAUUUUAGAUGGAUGUAUCCGUUUGAAAGAUAUAUGAAAGUGCUAAAGGGGUAUGUUCAGAAUCGUACUCGUCCCAAAGGUUGCAUUGCUGAGCGGUAUAUAGCUGAAGAAGCUGUAGAGUUUUGUACCGAGCAUUUAUCUGAUGUUAGUACAGUUGGAGUGCCUUCAAGCCAAAAGAUGGGAGUUUCAAAGCCAUUAUCAGGUUGCACAGUGAGCGUAGUUGAUUGGGACCUGUUGAACCAAGCACAUCUAUAUGUCUUGGAGAAUAUGGAGGAAGUCCUACCUUAUAUCGAGCAACAUAUGAUCCACAUCAAGACCGCUUAUCCAAAAUUUAGAAAGAGAACAAAGUGGCUACAGGAUAAGCACAAUAGCACUUUCAUUCAAUGGCUACGCUUCAAGGUUCAAAGUGAACUUAAUGAGGAAGACAAUCAUGGCGUAUCAGAAAAUUUAAGGUGGCUAGCAGCUGGUCCAAACAUGGCAGUGCCAUCAUAUAGGAACUAUCUUAUUAAAGGUAUUAAAUUUAACAUCAAGGCACAAGAUGAUGUGCGAACAACUCAAAAUAGUGGAGUUUAUUUACUUGCACAUACCAUGCAAGUUGCUAGUGCCAAGGAUAAAAACCAAAUUCUCUCAAAUAUGGGUUUCUAUGGUGUCAUUCAAGAAAUUUGGGACCUUGACUACCAAAAGUUUACAAUCCCAGUCUUUAGGUGUGAUUGGAUAGAUAGUACUUCUGGUCUUGUAGUCGAAGAACCUGGAUUUACCCUUGUAGAUUUGAGUAAAAUUGGACAUAGGAAUGACCAAUUUGUUUUGGCUUGUCAAGUCAAACAAGUAUUUUUUGUUGACGACCCGAUGCAUCGUAGUUGGUCGGUAGUGUUAUUAAUGCCUAAUAGAGAAUAUAAUGAUGUUAUUGGUGAUGAUGUCUUAGGUGAUAUGAGAAUUGAGUGUGAGCCAUUUACUAGAGGGAUGCCAAAUGUUGACACAUUUGAUGAACUCAUGGGUGAGUUUGGGAGUCAAAAUAUUCGAGAUGGGUGUGAAGAUAUAUGGAUUGAAUGA